CUCCUCCUGCCCACGACGACGAUGAGCACGCGCGCGGACGACGACGACGACGCGCAGGACGGGCUGCGCACGGUGCUGCUGCUGCUGAACGUGCAGCACGGGCUCGUCGCCGACGCGCGCACGCGGAUCCACGAUGGGCCGGCCGUGCUCGAGAACAUCCGGCGCGUGCUGGCGGCGGCGCGCGCAGCGGGAACGGGCGCGGGGGAGGAGGAGGAGCGCGGGAUCGUGACAGGCGGCGGCGGCGGCGGGCCGCGGAUCGUGCACGUGCGCAACGCGGGCGACGCCGGGGACCCGGACGAGCUCGGGACGCCGGGCUGGGAGCUCGUCCUGCACGAUCGCGACGGGAGCGACGAGCUCGUGGUAGACAAGCGGAAGAACAACGCCUUUGCGGGGACGGAGCUGGGCCGCAUCGUCGCGCCCGAGGCGGAGAUCGUGGUUGUGGGCGUCAUGUCGGAGUACUCGGUCAAGUCGACUGUCAAGGCGGCGCUCGCGCGGGGGAACACCGUCAUCCUGAUGAAGGGCGCGCACGGGACGUACGACCACGUCGCGCUCGAUAACGACGGCAACGUCACCCGCGCCGACACGAUCGUCGCCGAGAUCGAGGAAGAGCUCGACCGUGCGGGUGCAGUGGUCCUCGACAUGGAGUUCCUCCCCAACUUAUUCGAGGGCCGAUAA